CGACUUUUUUAAAACCAAAAAUUAUAAACUGGUUAUUUCCUUUUAUUUGAGCUUAUUUCCUUUGUUAAUUGACCAAAACCUUUAUACGUCUAAAAAUUUUUCUGAAAAAUUUUUUCAAAAUUUUCAGAUUUUUUUGAGCAGGUAAAUGUAAGUUUUGAUCCUGGUUCUUUUUAAUUACGUUUCUUUUUUUAAUGAAUCAUUAAAUUUAUUGACCAUUUAAAUUGGUCAAACAAAAUCUUUUCUUAUUUUUAAGCAAUACAACAACUAAAAAGCAAAACGAAGAGAGUGUAAAGUCUGAAGAGGAAUUGAAGAAUGUUAAGGAAUUUCCUUCUAAACGCCCUUCUCGUCAACGUACUACUUCCGUCGAAACAUCAAUUUCGAAUAGUCAUAGUUCAAAAUCUUCUCACCACUCUUCUUCUCAUUCUUCCUCUUCAGAUUCUUCAACAUCUUCUAAUCGGCGUUCUUCCACUUCAAAUUCUUCUAGGAAUUCAUCAACUUCACGUCGUUCUGAUUCGUCAACAGAAUCGUCAUCAAGAUCUCAUUCACGGCGCUCGUAUAGAACAACCAGGUAUAGCCGUCGGAGAAAACGAAGUAGCAGCCGAAGUUCUAGCAGGUAUAAAAAUAUUUUUAUUUUUUUGCUUUCUCCAGCCACCAAAUUUCUCUCCGGAUCUAUUUUAUAACGUUAAUUUUCUUAGUGAAAGAUAUUCGCGGAGACGUCGACGAUCUUCUUCUACUAGAAGGUAUCGAUUAAAAAGGCGACGCUCUUAUAGCAGGGAUAGAAGUUAUACAAGAUCUUCAGUCAAACGAUCUAAAAGAUAUUCAUCAUCUUCGUCAUCUUCUAGAAGCUCAAGUUCCUCAUCUUCGUCUUCUAGUUCCUCCUCUUCACAAACUUCACAUUCUGAGAAAUCAUCGGCCUCUUCGACACACAAUUCCUCUACUACAUCUAUCGGUUCAAAAAAAUUGGUUGGAACGAACAAUUAUCAAAAAGAUGAGAGAAGUGAAGAGAAAUCAAAAGAUAUGAAGAAGGAGACGAGAAAUGAUGUAAAGGAAGAUAAACUUGAAGAGACGAAGGAAGAAAUAAAGGAAGAUAAAUUGAGUAGUAAAAAUGGUGAUUCCAUGCCUUAUUCCUCAGAAGACGAAGAUGACCAACAGGAAUCUGUAGAAGAGAAGGAAAAUGAAAAGAUUAAGAUAACGGAUAAAAAUCAAGAAGUAGAAAACGACGAAAACAAAAAUGAAAAGAAUAAAGGAAAAUGGUUACCAAUUGGUUUUGAGAAUUUAAAGAGUGAGAGUAAUGAGGAUAAAAAUGUGAAAGAUGAGACGGAUGAAAGUGAAAUGUCUGAUCAUGAAGCAGAAUUGGUGCGGAAAAAUAAGCAAAUUAGAAUUAAAGAACGAUGGGAGUUACUCAAGUAUCAAAAACAAGUAAUCCCUCAGACAUCAAAUAAUUUUGAAUCUAAUGAAUGGAGUGAAGAAAGAGAAAGGGAAUUUGUAUUUAGCUUGCUUGAAUAG